AUGUUUCCCUUUGACAAUUUAUUUCGUCAGCUCCUCGUUGCUUUUCUCUACAACACAUCGUGCUACUUUUAUUGGAUUGUGGUCCCUUUACUAUUUAAUGAACAAGGCGCUUCAGCCCUAAUGCUAGCCCUUCUCCAAACAGUCUGUUUUGUUAUAUAUGGUGGGUUAGCACCUUUUGGUGGGAAGAUAGCAGAUUACGUGAGUCCUUUCAUUAUGAUUAGAAUCUCGAUGGUAAUGCUGACAAUAGCUGAAGUCUUAGUAGCUAUAUGGCAAGAUUCCAUUGUCGCAAUUUAUUUCUCCUGUGCUUUUUGGGCGUUUUCUGCUUUAACUUUUUGGCCCUCUGCGGUAGGUAACGUUGGAAAGGAAGCUGGCGAAGGCAAAGAAGUACGCAAUUCGGGGUUAUUUGCAGUCUGUUGGUCCUUUGGGAAAGCAAUUGGAUAUGCAGCAGGUGGGACAUUAAAAUCAGCACUGGGGUCAAGCAAUUCGUUGUAUAUUGCAAUAGGAUUGAAUGUAUUAAUAGCUAUAGUAUAUCCAUAUAGACACGUCAAAUGGUUGAGAGAUGAGAUUGAAGAGCAGAAAGAGAGUCAAAAGAAGGAGAAGUUAGACAAGAAAGAGAAAGUGAGUGGUGACAAGAAUGAGAUUGGAGAUGUUGAGAUUGAGUUGAAAGAGAAAGAUGAGAAAAGUGAAGACAAAGAGAAGACGGACACAAACUUAAAUAUCAUCGAAACUAAGAAACCCAAGUUAAAAUGGAAUGAAGAACAACUCAAAAACAAGACAUAUAUCUAUGUGGGGUAUAUUAUGCAACUCGGUGUCUUCGGGACGUCCUGUGUCAUUACAAACCAAUACAUCAAAAUCGCAGACUAUAAAAACAUCGGAAUUCCUUUUGGAAAUCCACAAGACAAUUUCGUCGCCUUCACAUUUUUCGUACUCUACUCGGCACAAACCAUCGCGUUCAUCGUGAUGAGUCUGACGGUUGCGUGGACGUAUCACAGGUCACUUAUUCUUGCUGCACAGGCGAUGUUCUUACUCUUCUUAAUUCUUCUUGUUGUCGUAUUUAAUCCAUACGUCAUUUUUGCUAUCGCGUUCUUCGCUGGACUUGCCGCUGGAUUUGGGUAUCAGACGUCUACAUAUUACUCCUUACGAGCAAGUGAAAAGUCCAAAGGGUUGUUUGUCGGGAUUAGUGAGAGUGUUGCUGCGCUUUCUAAUGCGUUUUUGCCUUUAAUUGCCGGACUUCUGUCUGAUGGAUUUAAUGUGUUUGCACCCGUCUACUUCUGUGUAGUGACACUCUUACUGUGUUUGAUUGCAAGUGAAGUCGUGUAUCACAUCUUCUUCGGAUAUAACGAGAAACGACAAGCCAAGCGUUUCGAUAUGAAUAACAUCGACGUUGAACAUGGAGGCGAACCAAUCAAAGAAGUACCACAAGCAAAAACUCCCACUGACAUUGUCAUAACAUCUGAUGUACUCAGACAAAGCACAUUACAAGAGUCCAAGUCCCCAAUAGAUGCCGUAAUUGCAUCUGAUGUUAUUAAGCAUGAAGAAGGUAACACCUCCUCUAAUUAG